CGAACAGUUGCCAGGGGUUUUAGGGUUUCUAUUCCCGCCUGGGGGUUCUACGAUGGCGGAAUCGAUCUCAAGGUCACUGAGGGACGGUUGCUUGGAAGGAGAGCACGCGCCGGCCCUGACCAUCGAAGACUCCCUUGCUUGCCCUCUCGGUUCCCACGUCUUCGAUCACUUCCUCGCCAAUCUCGCGUCCCAAAUCGCCGAUGGAACAUCUCAAGCACGUGGCUUGGUGCUCGUUGCGUUGAAUCGGAGCCCGUCGUUCUAUAUCGAUUUGCUAAGGCGCAAGGGGGUAGACGCAUCGCUGGUUGAUAAAUGGGUUCGGAUUCUGGACUGCUACUCGGACCCGCUCGAUUGGAAGGACCGAAUUCCGCCGUUAAUGAAUGUUCAAAAGCCCUCUACGAGGGAAAACGUCUCUUUCUUCAGAGAUGUGAGGGACAUCAAUAAGCUGUUGUCUUCAGUUCUUGACCUUGGAAAAGGGUUUGUUGGGCAAGGCAAGACUCGCUUUGCAGUAGCUGUUGACCUGGUUAGUAAUUUGCUGCGACACACAUCAUUACCAUCAGUUGCAGGCCUACUUAAUAAUCUUCGCAGCAAUGAUCAAAUUUCAUGUAUCUUUUGGUUAAUACACUCGGACCUUCAUGAACCCAGGGUCUCCACAGCUCUUGCAUAUGUGUCUACUGUGGUUGCUAGUGUACAGCCAAUAAUGCAGCUUACUGAUGAACAUAGAAGUCGACGAGACUUUCUAUGGCUUGAGAAGAAUUCUUGUAAAGCAAAAUUUUACGUACGCCUUAAACGUCGCAAUGGGAGAGUGAAGCUACUUGCAGAAGAGCUACACAUGGAUCAAGUUGGUGUUAAAUUUGCAGCUGUAACCUCUGAAAAUUCAUUUGUCAACAAAAGCCUUUUGCCAAAGGUACAGUUCAAUCUUCAGCUAUCAGAUCAGGAACGUGUUGAUAGGGCAAAAGUUGUUCUUCCAUAUGAACAUCAAGGCAAUGGUGAGGCCAUACAGAUCUAUGAUGGGCGGCGAUCUCUUUCUGACGACCAGAAGGAUCCGCAUUUAGUCCAGCCGUCUACUUUCUCAGUGAUGACAGACGCCCAGGCCACUUCUGGGAAUGGUGAAAUACAUUAUAUUCGUGAUUCAGAUGAUGAGCAACCAGAUUCAGAUGAGGACCCAGAUGAUGAUUUGAAUAUUUAAGAUGACCCGGAUCAUCUGAUGUUGCUGUGUCUCUUCCUGUUGAUCCCAGAACGCACAUAUCAAAUGCCAUCAUUUCACACGGCAUGAGUCUGUAACUCGUCUUCCUUGCUUGUGCAAACUCUGUUAAGACUGGAUAUAUAGCUUUGAUAAAGAAAAGCAAUUUUGCUAAAA